GCGGUGCUCGGUGCGUGGCCGCGCGCUAGGCGGCAGCAGAGGGCACCGAGCGGGGCGCGGCCGCCGCGCGGUCCCUCUUGGUGGGGUCGGUGGCCAGAGCGUAGCGCUGCGCUCGGGUCGGGACACUUGGAACUGCGGGCGCCGCGCGGGAGGAGCAGCAUGGCGGCAGCGGCUGCGGGCGAAGCGCGCCGGGUGCUGGUGUACGGCGGCAGGGGCGCGCUGGGCUCGCUUUGCGUGCGGGCGUUCCGGGCCCGCAACUGGUGGGUUGCCAGUAUCGAUGUGGUGGAAAAUGAAGAGGCCAGCGCUAGUGUCGUCGUUAAAAUGACAGACUCCUUUACAGAGCAGGCUGACCAGGUGACUGCUGAGGUGGGGAAGCUCUUGGGUGAUGACAAGGUGGAUGCCAUUCUUUGUGUGGCUGGAGGAUGGGCCGGAGGCAAUGCCAAAUCCAAGUCUCUCUUUAAAAACUGUGACAUGAUGUGGAAGCAGAGUGUGUGGACGUCCACCAUCUCCAGCCACCUGGCCACCAAGCAUCUCAAGGAAGGAGGCCUCCUGACCUUGGCUGGUGCAAAGGCCGCCCUGGAUGGGACUCCUGGCAUGAUCGGGUAUGGCAUGGCCAAGGGUGCCGUCCAUCAGCUCUGCCAGAGCCUCGCAGGGAAGAACAGUGGCAUGCCACCCGCGUCCGCUGCCAUCGCCGUGCUCCCGGUCACCCUGGAUACUCCGAUGAACAGGAAGGCAAUGCCUGAGGCUGACUUCAGCUGCUGGACACCUUUAGAAUUCCUCGUCGAAACUUUACAUGACUGGAUCACGGGGAAAAACCGACCAAGUUCUGGAAGCCUAAUCCAGGUGGUAACCACAGAGGGAAAGACAGAACUCACCCCGGCAUAUUUUUAAGACUCAUCUCAGUGCCUGCAAGGGGCCUGCCGGACAAGUCACUAACCUCCUAACCUGUGUCUCUGUGGCCUGAUCUGGCCUGUGUUUUCCUUAAUCCUGUUUGUGUCUCAUUGUUCUGUCGUCUAAUGCGCAUUUGCUGUCCUAGGACAGGGUAAUAUGUUUAUGGAAUAAAAACAUGUGAAUGGAGGGCUAGGGAGAGCGGUCCGUCAAUCUGUGUUAACUACGGAAGGGGGUCUCCAAUCAGCCCCAAUUAGUCCUGCUGUUUGCUUUUGAAACCACCGUCCUGGACAGUGGCUGUCAUCUCGACUGGUUCAGUGAUUGUUUGGUACUGGGCACGUCCUGAAGGUCAAGUUGUGUUUAUGUCACAGAUGUAGUUUUUACAGCCUUGAAUUAAAUUGCCUUAAAACUCCUUUUGUGGUACAAGCAAGGUCCCAUGGUCUUUGUCCUGAUGUCCUUCUGUGCAGUUGCCAAGUGUCCCCUGGCCUAGAGUUAAGUGUGCUAGAGAACUGCUCGGGAGCAUUUGGAGUGUUUUAUCCUAAUAAAUGCACUUCAGUCAU